AUGACUUCGACCCAUCGAGAACCACCCCCCCAUCCUCAAAUCCAAGCCUACAUCCACGAAACCCUCUCCACGGCCCUCGACGAGCUCUCCUCCCCAGAUGGUCAACCUUGCAUAACGCUGAAGCAACGAGCCAAAAAGACCUCCUCCCUGUUCAUCAACCCGAAAACCAAGGCCCUCGAAGCCAAGACUACUGAGAGAGAAUCCCGCUCCACCACCACCACCACCUACACAUGGCCUGGGGCUGAUGUCACUGAGGCGUGGAAGUUCACCGUUGCCUUCCGGGUCCUAGCCGCCAUCGCGGAGGCAUUUUCUGCGGGCUUGAUGGUUUCUAAACGUGAUAUCUACUACAGCGACCCCGCCUGUUUCGGGUCCCAGCGAGUCGUCGACACCCUGGUAGAUGACUUCGCGCACACGAUGGGCGUGGACAGGGCUGCGUUAUACGUGGAAGCAGCAGCAAAGGGUCUCGUCGUGGGAUGGUACCAGCUCACCACCACCCGGCACGAAGUCAUCGAUGCGCGGUUUUCUAGCCAGGAUACUCUGGUACCUAGGGUACAAGACAUCGAGAGCAUCGAUCUCACGGAUGUGGAGUGGGUGUUGGUUUUGGAGAAAGAGGCUAUAUACCGCCGCCUCGCAAGCAACAACUACCACAACACCUCCGCAGCCGGAAAGGGGAUCCUGAUCACCGGAAAAGGCUACCCCGACCUCUCCACCCGCGCCUUCGUCCGCAAACUCCUCGACAGCCCCACCGCCAAACCACCCCGCUUCUACGCCCUCGUCGACAGCGACCCCGACGGCAUGUCCAUCAUGUCAACAUACAAGUACGGCUCUGUGGCCUUUUCCCACGAGAACCGCAAUCUCAAUCUCCCCGCUCUGCAGUGGCUGGGGGUGCGGACGUCGGAUGUCGUUGCCGGGGCGAGUCGUUUGGAUCAUGGUGGUGUGCUGAGUCUGACGCAGCGGGACAGGAAGAAGGUCGUUGCUAUGUUGGCCAAGCACCCUGUCUGGGCGGCUGAUGGGCCGGAGCCGGAGUGGCGGGCCGAGUUGCAGGUGAUGCUGAUGUUGAAUGUCAAGGCGGAGAUUGAGGUGUUGUAUGAGGGGGAGGGGGAGGGGUUGGUGGGGUGGUUGGAUAGGAGAUUGGUGUCUCUGUGA